AUGACGACUGCCACGGCUCUUCCGUCUGGUGUUAGUGGUCCUCCAACGGUGAACCGGAAGGAUAACCAUGGAGGGCUCAUUGUGGUGAUCACCGGGUUCUGCUUGGUCCUGGUCCUUUCAUCCCUUGCCGCUCGCACGUUUUCCUCGUUCAAGAGGCGGAUUUUCCAAAAGGACGACUACGGAUUUGCUGCUGUAGUGAUCGUUGCACUGGCGCAAACGUCCUUGGUACUGGCGCAGGUUCACUACGGCUGGGGAGCAACCGCAGAGUCACUUUCCUCGGCCACGAAGGAAAAAAUGCUAAAGAUGGGAUACGCAGCAGAUACUCUCUUCGUCGUCACCCUCGGCCUGUCGAAGAUAACCACCGCCAUCUUCUAUAUGACACUGUUCAAGCAGAAACUUCGUGCCGUCAUCCAAGGUCUUCUUGCUGGAGGAGGUAUCUGGACUAUACUGUCGGUUAUACUGUUAGCGGUCCGAUGUAGCCAUCGACCAUGGCUCGAUAUCGACGCACAAUGUGGCGGUUUGUUUCAAAGAUGGCAGGCAAUCACCGCCAUCGACAUUAUCCUCGAGGUCCUCCUUAUCCUCUACUCCGGCCGAGCGAUAUACAGCAUCAAGAUCUCAACCCGACAAAAAAUCGUCGUAUUCGGCACCCUGAGCUGUCGAAUCAUACUCAUCCCCCUGGCGGCCAUGCAUCUCCACUACGUCAAAAUCCAGCUGGAUUCAGAUAGACCCACCCUCGAUGGCGCGAUCGCCAGCAUCACCGCGGAGCUCUACCUCGCCAUGAGCGUCGUCUGCCUCGUCGCCUCGUUCAUGAAGCCCGUGCUGGCCGUCUAUGUUGAUGAGUACGGCAUCGCCUACACGGACGACGUCUCGCCGCCGAACUCGAAGUUGCGAAGUCACACCUCGUCUGAUAGCAGGUCGCGUAAGCUGCGGCGGUCGGAGACAGAGUACGACCGUGGCUGGGAGCCGACGCCAGAUCGGAGCAUUCCAACUGCUACAGGGGGACGGAUCAUGAAGACGGUGCGGAUUAGUGUGAGUGAUGGGCCGAUAGAGCUGGAGCGGCGGGGGCCGGAGGUCAUGACUGGUGUGUAA